AUGGAGAAUCAGCCACCUGUUGAGGGUUCAGGUGCAAGCGAUGCCUCUGGUGAAAGUUGUGGCUCAACACUUCAACUAAAUAUCAAGACCCUUGAUUCACGGAUUUUCAGUUUCCUUGUUGAUAAGAAUAUUAUGGUAUCAGCUUUUAAGGAGAAAAUAGCUCAAGAAGUUAGUGUUCCCGUUGGGCAGCAACGUCUAAUUUUCAGGGGCAAGGUGUUGAAAGAUGAUCACCUUCUUUCUGAGUAUAAUGUGGAGCAUGGUGACACCCUGCAUUUAGUUGAGAGGCAGCCACAGCCCUCUCCUGGUUCCAAUACUGGGGAAGCAGCUUCAAGUAAUAGUGCCGGAGGUGGACAGGAUACUACUACUGGUGGACCACGGAAUCGUAUUGGGCAAAUCUCCCAUAGUGUAGUACUGGGGACCUUAAAUGUCGGAGACUCAGGGGAUGCUGUUGUACCAGAUUUAAGUCGGGUCAUUGGGGCUGUACUGAAUUCUAUAGGGAUUGGCAACCCAGUAGGUGGCACGCCAUCAGGUGUUCAGAAUUCUGAAGGAAGUGAAACAGAACAGUUACAGGCUAAUGCUGGCAGUGAAAGACAGGGUGUAUAUCAGACUGAUCCGAAUCAAGCCUCAAAUAAUCAAUCUGCAUCCCAUCCUACACAAAACCCUGUUGGUGCAACAAUGGCUGUUCCAUCGCCCAACGUGCCAAUACCUGAUUCUCUGAGUACGCUGAGCGAGUUUAUGAACCAAAUGGAACAGGCAUUAUCACAAACCGGUACUCAACAAGACCAAUCGCCAGAUGAUAGUGGCAGUCUACCUACUCCACAGUACCCAACAAACUUGCUUGGUUUUCCAACUGUGGAGGCGUUGACAAGUGUUAUGCGACAUGCACAACGUCUUCUUUCUAACCAUGUUGUUCGAGCAUUAUCUCAAGCUGCGGGGCGAUUAGACCAAGAGGGACGUUCAAGUGACCCUGCUGUUAGGGGCCAAGUUCAUUCAGAAACUGUACAAUUAGGUGUUGCUAUGCAGCAUUUAGGCGCUCUAUUUCUGGAGUUGGGAAGAACGAUUUUGAAUCUCCGUGUCGGAAGUUCUGGUGAAUCGUUUGUGAGUGCUGGGCCAGCUGUCUAUAUAUCUCCAUUUGGGCCGAAUCCAAUUAUGGUUCAGCCCUUCCCCCUGCAAACUACCUCUCUCUUCAAUGGCUCAUCUGGUGCCACACAGAAUCAGGUUGCUUUGGGUCCUCCAUUUGGUAGCGUAGCUAGGAAUGUUAAUAUUCAUAUUCAUACUGGGGCAGCACUUGCACCCAUUGUUCCCGUGGUUGGGACCAGGACACCCAAUGCAGAAGAAAUGCCUGGUCAAGCACAGGUUCCCACGGGAGUAAAUGUGACUGCAACAGCUGUUCCGAUUAGACCGGCCAUAAUUUCAGUAUCCAGUGCUCCACAACCUGGUGCUGGGGGUUCACAGGCUACUGAUCCGAGCCCUUUAAACUCAGUUGUAUCUGGUCUAAAUGCUUAUCUUAGAAACAUAGUUCCCAACAGGCAGAAUGAAAACCAGGCACCAUCAGGAGGUUCAGCUAAUCAAGAACAACACCCAGUUUCUGGUGAUAGGGACAGGCAGACAAGCGAUCCACAGAGGAACUUGUCCAUUAGCACAGUUGGUGAGACAACUCAGACUGCAGUCACAGACAAACAGCUGGAAGAGCAAAAAACUGAUCCAUCUACCAGUGCUGACGGAGGUUCUCAUAGGUCUGGGAAUUCUGAAAGCUCUGCAGGAUCAUCAGGAUCCAGUCAGGGUGAUAAUACUCAAGGUGGGUCUUCAGGUGUCCCUCUUGGACUUGGACUGGGAGGCCUUCAACCGAAGAAACGAGGUAAAAGUCAAGCAAAGACCAUAGACCGUGCCUCUUCCAGCAGAGCCGUGGGUCAACAAGUCCUGCAGUCCCUUGCGUCACUUUCCACUAGGGAAAAUCCCAACCCUCCACCCUCAGGACUACCUUCUGACCCCGUCAGGAGCAGCAACCUAAAUUUGGCCACCUCCAGGCAAAAUACGACUGACAAUAUUGAUUUAGCAGAUACAAUGUCUCAGGUCCUGAACAGCUCCUCUCUGGACGGUCUAUUGACCGGUGUCUCACAGCAAACCGGGGUUGGUUCCCCUGAUAUGUUGAGAAAUAUGCUGCAACAGUUCACUCAAAACCCGGCCAUGAGGAACACGAUGAAUCAGCUUGCCCAGCAGAUGGAUGGCCAGGAUCUUGGGAGCAUGUUUUCGGGUUCAGAAGGUGGGGCCCAGGGCGGGGGAUUUGACCUGUCGAGGAUGAUGCAGCAGAUGAUGCCCAUUGUGUCUCAGGCUUUAGGGGGGAUUACGGCUGGUCCCCAAAUGAAUCCUUCUCAAGUCUUGAGGAGAGACGUGACACGGACAAAUGAUGGUCCUCAGAUUAAUUUCCGAGAAGUGGUCCAGAGGCUCCAAGAACAGAACUCUUCCGGUGAAAUUUUCCGUUCUAUGGUUGGUUUGGUGGCACGACUCAAUUGUUGCUCAGAGGAAAGUCUUGUGAAUGCAAUAUGCAGUCAUGGUCUUGGACAGGAGUUCAUGGACAUGUUCCUCCAUGAUUUGUCCACCAGACUUGAGGGUGGGAUGUAA